ACUCAUAUCCCUCCUCCAAUGCAAUGAACCCACGUCUUCAGCAUCCCACGUGGCAAUCCAUCACACCGCUGCCUCAGUUCCUCAACCAUCCAUUCGACGGCGCACAGUAGUUUGGAGUUUGGAGUUCUUGCAAAACCCGAAAUGGGAGAUUACUUACAAUUAUUGUAAUGUAGAUGAUUGUCUUAGCUUUCACAUAAACAUUGCUUCCUGUUACUGGAGAUCUGCUGUACUUCAAUCGGUGGGGAUUUUUACUUUCUCUCUUUUUUCUUUUUUUUAAAACAAGGGAUUACUGAGAUCUGCCACUCUCUUUCUUCUUGUUGGAUCCAUUUCAAGCUUCUUCUUUUUCUUCCUCUUCCUCUUCUUCAGUGUUUUUGGAGAAGGGUUUGGUGAGCUUAGAGUUGGAAUAAUGGCGAGCGGUGGUGGGUAUGGGGAUGCUAAUCAGAAGAUUGAUUAUGUGUUCAAAGUGGUGUUGAUCGGAGAUUCUGCGGUGGGUAAAUCUCAGAUUCUUGCCCGGUUUGCUAGAAACGAGUUUAGCUUGGAUUCGAAGGCUACAAUCGGGGUUGAGUUUCAGACUAGGACACUCGUUAUUCAGCAUAAGAGUGUUAAAGCUCAGAUCUGGGAUACUGCGGGCCAGGAGAGAUACAGAGCAGUUACAAGUGCAUAUUACAGAGGGGCUCUUGGGGCAAUGCUUGUUUAUGAUAUCACGAAACGCCAGACCUUCGAUCACAUACCUCGGUGGCUCGAGGAGUUGCGGAGCCAUGCUGACAAGAACAUCGUUAUUAUCUUAAUAGGAAACAAAAGUGAUCUCGAAGACCAGCGUGCAGUCCCCACUGAGGAUGCCAAGGAAUUCGCUGAGAAAGAAGGUUUGUUUUUCUUGGAGACCUCAGCACUGGAAUCGACCAAUGUGGAGAAUGCCUUCAUGACUGUCCUAACUGAGAUCUUCAGCAUCAUGAACAGAAAGAACUUAGCUGCUGGUGAAAAUCAAGGCAACGGCAACUCUGCAUCCCUCGCUGGUGGUAAGAAGAUCAUUAUCCCUGGACCGGCGCAAGAAAUCCCGGCUAAGAGCAAGAUGUGCUGUUCAACAUGAUUUGUCUGGAAAGUAGGGUGAAGUGGGGCGAUCUAGGUUGGUGCAUUCCUUGAUUAUAGCAAUUUUUUUUGACUGGUGUGAUGUUUUUCUGAGAUCAUUUGUAUAUUUUAUUGUAUGCUUCAGUCUGCCAGAGCUAGCAGCUGAAGUUUUAUAUAUACUUGGAAGGACGACAAAUGAGGUUGUCAUUUACCUUUUUUUAAAAAAUAGAAGCUGUUUUUAUUUAUGAAAACUUUCAUCAGGUUCUUAUAAAGGCUGGUUGGCAUAUCAUAUUUUCAAUAUAAAUCUUAGAGUGCUUGGAAGUGGGAACA